ACGUACAAAGCUGCUGGCUUUGCACUGUAGCGAGAAAUUCAUCGAGACGCAUAUGGCCUCCGAAUCUCUCCGCAAUUCGUCGAUUCAUCGUUACCAAUUCGUUCCGACAGCCCGAUCUCUCCGUUUCGUUUCGGCAGCUUCUCCCUCGCUUCGAAACAGGCCAUUGACAGUUUGGAGCCAUGGGUGACGCGAUUGAUUUAAGUGGGGAUGGAGGUGUCAUCAAGACAAUUGUAAGGCAAGCCAAAGCUGAUGCCAUUGCUCCAACAGAUGACCUUCCUCUUGUUGAUGUUCAUUAUGAAGGUGUUCUUGCUGAAAAUGGUGAAGUUUUCGAUACUACACGUGAAGAUAAUACUGUGUUCUCUUUUGAGCUUGGAAAGGGUGCUGUAAUUAAGGCUUGGGACAUUGCGUUGAAAACAAUGAAGGUUGGGGAAGUUGCAAAAAUCACUUGCAUGCCAGAAUACGCCUAUGGCAGUGCAGGUUCUCCACCAGAUAUCCCGCCAAACGCGACCCUUGUCUUUGAGGUAGAAUUAGUGGCUUGUAGGCCACGGAAGGGCUCAAGUUUGGGCAGCGUUUCAGAGGAGAGGGCUAGGCUAGAAGAGCUGAAAAGGCAGAGGGAGCUAGCUGCCGCAGUCAAAGAAGAAGAGAAGAAGAAGAGAGAAGAUGCUAAAGCUGCUGCUGCUGCCCGUAUUCAAGCCAAGUUAGAAUCCAAGAAAGGUCAAGGAAAGGGAAAGGGGAAAGGAAAAUAGCGGCAUUUCACAUAUUUCAUUUACAAACAAAUAUAUAUAUAUGUGAUAACUGAAUACAGAUGUUAAACUCGUUUCAUUCCGUUUGAGUUAAAAGGUGUUCAGACCGUAA